AUGUCUCCACUAAUAUUAAAGAGAUGGGCUUCAGUACCGGCUACAGUUCAUUUGCCGACGAUAUAUGCACUCUCAACUCCUGCUGGUCAUAAAUCAGCCAUAGCUGUUGUUAGGAUCUCAGGAACUCAUAGCAAACUUAUAUACCAUAAGCUGACUAAAAGCAAUUCUCCACCAAUUAGCCGCCGCGCUUCGCUGAGAAACCUCUAUUAUCCUGCAGGAUUGGGUAAGAAAGAUUUACUCGACAGUUCGCUGACAUUGUACCUGCAACAGCCUGGGACGUUUACUGGGGAAGAUAUGCUAGAGCUUCAUCUGCAUGGAGGUAAAGCCGUUGUUAGUAGUGUUCUAAAAGCCAUAGAAUCGCUUCACGAUGCAGAUGGUGGAGUGGAUAUCAGGUACGCUCAACCUGGGGAGUUUUCGAUGCGGGGAUUUCAAAAUGGGAAAUUUGACCUUACUCAAAUCGAAGGGAUUGGUGAAUUGAUUGAUGCAGAAACUGAGAUGCAGCGUAAAAGUUCAAUUUCGAGUGUCAGAGGGAAGAAUUAUAAGAUGUUUCUGGCUUGGAGAAAGCAAAUUGUAGAGAACGUUGCACAGCUAACCGCUAUCAUUGAUUUUGGAGAAGACGCUGACAUUUCUAACACAGAGGAUCUGCUACAAGGCGUUUUCCAGAAUAUAGUGAAAUUGAAGCAGGAAGUUGAGGAGUUUAUUCGAAAGACUGAGAAAGGGGCAAUGCUGCAGAGCGGGAUCAGGCUUACUCUGCUUGGAGCUCCAAAUGCAGGAAAGUCAUCAUUACUAAACAAAUUUACAGAGGAAGAAACAGCUAUAGUGAGCAGUAUACCGGGUACUACUCGGGAUUCUAUAGACGUGCCACUAGAUAUCAACGGUUACAAGGUAGUAUUCUGUGAUACCGCUGGGAUACGAGCACAUACGUCUGACGAGAUAGAACAACUUGGUAUCAGCCGCACUAAAAAGAAGAUUGUCGACAGCGACAUAGUCUUGCUGCUUAUAGACCCCUCUGGUAAAGAGCUCGUAAAGGAUGAACUGAAAACGCUCCUAUGUAGUGCGGAAAUGGAAGACAAAGAAGUGAUUGUUGUCAUAAAUAAAGCGGACCUCCUUCAAAAACAGCAUUUGCAAGCCAUAAAAGACCGCCUGGCUACUGAAUUUAACACGAAAUAUCCUGUCAUAGUCAUAUCGUGUCUUGAAAAGGGUGGUACCGCUCCACUGACUGAUUUGCUCCCAAAAUGUUUUGAGGAGAUUUGUGGAUCUGUGGACAAAGAGCCUGUGCUUGUAUCUAAGAGAGUACAAGAAAUACUGAGGAAUGAUGUUCUAUAUGGCAUAGAUCAAUUUGCCAUCUUCGCACCAGAAGGAGAUGUAGUCAUGGCUUCAGAAGCGCUAAGCUGCGCUUCUACUGGUCUUGGAAAAAUUACUGGCGAAGCUGUUGGUGUUGAGGAAAUCCUUGGUGUAGUAUUUUCCAAAUUUUGUGUAGGUAAGUAA